CUGCAUCACACGCAUCACACGCAGCGGGUUUGGCGCCAUGGAUGGGACUGACAAAGAUCUCGGUUGGGAGGAUGUGGGGACUGGCGGAGCCAGGGGCGUUGCAGGGCGCGCCAGUACCGCGCCUUCUGGAGCUCCGGAGGCGCAGGGCCAAAAUAUCUCCGAUGCUGUCACGAGCGCCAUGAUGAAUCAGUUUGCCCGAGAACUGACAUCCAGUUCUAUGAGCCUUUGGCCUCAAUUUGUACAAACAACACGGCGAUACUUCAAUGUGCACCAUGGCUAUGUCCUGCGCAAGAUCUUGUGGCAGCUCAUUCCAUUCCAUAGUACAAAGAAGAAGUCCUCCGACGGCGAGUUGGGUGGAGACAAGGACUGGACAGUGAGAGUCAUUGAUGGCCUGGAAGUUGAUAUUGAGGAGCCAGAUUUGUACAUACCCACAAUGGGCUUCGUGACAUAUGUGGUUCUCUUUGGAAUGGUUCGCGGGGUCCAGGAAGACUUCUCUCCGGAAGUCCUUUCUGCAACCAUCAGCUCAACAUUGGUGGUGCUCAUUCUGGAGCUGGCUCUGAUGAAAGGAGCACUCUUCAUGUCUGGUGCUGUCAAUACGCCCACUCUCGAUCUCUUUGCUCUCUUGGGGUACAAGUUCCUCUAUUUGUCUCUUCAUGUUGGGCUAGGUUUGCUGCUCGGCCAUGGAGCAACACCAUCAGGUUUCAUCUACAGAUUGCUGACGUUGGGCCUUACUGGGAGCUGUGCUGUUGCGCUUUGGCAGGCCCUGCGACGGCUUGCCCGGCUGCAGCCUGCUCAUGGACAAGAAUGUGUGACAGAUAUGCAUCAGAUGUGUAUCAAGGUGCUCCCGCUCCUUCAAGCCUGUGUAUGCUGGUUCUUGCUGCCAUCUUGGCCGAAGACAGUAGCUCUGGAGGAGGUAGUCAAUCUGACAACUGCUGCUACAGCUGCUGCCUCUCUGAGUCCAAAUGCAACCACAACGCUUUGAUGCAAGACAUCAAUCCUCAUGAACGCUCAGAGUUCAGCCGCCAGAUUCUGGACGUGCGUGUCAGCAAAA